CAAAGGCUGUAGCAUUAGGACUGUGCAUCUGUGCAGUUAUUCUCCUGAGAAUCCCGGGAGAUGUUUGUAUGGAAAUCAUUGGAGGCAAAGAAGUGGCUAUGCAUUCCAGACCCUAUAUGGCUCUUAUACAGAAGAAGGAUGGAUUAUUGUGUGGAGGAACAUUAAUCAAAGCGAAGUGGGUGCUGACUUCUGCCCGGUGUUACGAUAAGAAGCUAACGGUUGUGCUGGGGGCCCAUUCUCUUUCAAAGCCUGAAAAAGUCAAACAAACAUUUACAGUCAAGCAGCUAUUUCCUCACUCCUGCUUUGACAAUGAAACUGGAGUAAAUGAUCUUAUGCUUCUUGAGUUGAAUAUAACGGCCCAAGUGAACAAGUUUGUCUCUAUGCUCAAGCUGCCUAAACAAUUUAAAGAUAUCGAAACAAAAACUCAAUGCACAGUAGCUGGAUGGGGGACAACAAAUGCAAAGAACAAAGUCGCUUCAGAUGUAUUAAUGGAGGUCAACAUCACUGUUAUCGACAGAAGAACUUGCAAUGAAAAGUACUAUCAUUUGAAUCCUGUGAUAACAGAUGGCAUGCUUUGUGCAGGUGAUAAAAGAGGCAAAAAAAAUUCUUGCAAGGAAGAUGCAGGUGGUCCACUGAUAUGCAACAAUGAAUUCAAAGCAGUGACAUCUUUUCCUCCUAAAAGUGAUUGUGGCAAAAACCCUGGUAUAUACACUUUACUGACUCCCAAACACAUCCAGUGGAUUCAAGAAAUAACUGGGGGGGAUGCCUAAAAGAUUCAAACAUACUGUACUAGUCUUUUCUUCUUGUUAGUAUAAAAUAAGAAACCCGCUGCAUGAGAUAAAAGCAACUGGCAACUUGAAUAAAGUUUAACCAUUCAUGUUGAAUUUUCUUCAUUCUUUUUUUUUUACUUUUAAUAAGUAAUAGUUUAA